CGGGGGCUUAUUAAUGAUUGAUUGAUUUCGGAUCUAGAUGCGCAUCUCCCCCCUUCGCGGGCAUUGAGGGUGUCGUGAAGUCCAGACGAGUUGGCGCGAUGAGGCAACAAGGUCGGGACACGUGGUGCGCUGACUGCGCAAGUGGCCUCCGCACGUCAUUGGCAUUUAAUCAAUCAAUCAAUUCAGUGCAAGUGGACGUCUUCAGCAGCACCAGUGUCUCUCUGCUCUUCGUGUACCAUCUAUCCGUCGCCCGAGCAAUGACUGCGUGAGCAUUUCUGAGAAGAAUUCCCCGAAAAAACCGAUCACGCGCGUGGCGCCUGAAAAGCGCGGGAAAGCCGCUGGGUCUGCCACGUGUGACGGUCAUAGGCCGGCCGUCCUACCGGCCGGCUCACCGAUCGCUCGUCAAAUCAGGUCGAUAAUGAUUGGGUAUAUAUAUAUGUGAGUGUGACAUAUAUAUAUACACAGGAGAACGGCGGGAGUUGGUUUCGACGGGUUUUUGGCGACAGGCCGGCGGCGGAACGCCUGCGGGGUCGCACACGUUGACAGGAUGGCCGUCGCGGCGACAGCGGCGGCGACGUCGGUGGGGGGGGGAAUGCAGGUCAGAGCUGCAGGGCUUGCUGUUCUCGCGCCACGUGGCAAUGGAAGUGGGGGGUGCCGCGGGGCCAUCGGAAGCGGGGAAGAGAUCGCGAUGCAGCUCUGCUGUGAGGAAAUGCAUGUUGUCCUCACUUGCGUCAGUGUUCGAUGUUGUGCUUCUUCGUCAUCACAAGAGCGCGCGCCACGUGGCGGUUGCGCUGCCAUCGCGGCUGUUUUUGCAGACGACGGGUCAUCUUCUUCUUCGAUUAGCCGAGGUCUCACCUCUGUCCGACACGUGUCGUUAGUAGAUCGAGCGACGCGUUUGAGGAUUCUUGAUUCUAGUACUAGUGGGUGUGCCCGCUCGUGUUCGAUGUCUGGAGUAGCAGCAGCAGCUGUCAGCUCCUCCUCAAGAGACCAGCCAGUGGCCUCUCUCCCACCUGUCCCAUCUCUCCCUUCUCGAACCACCACCUCCUCCUCCUCCUCCUCCUCCUCCUCUUCCUCCUCCGUCCCCUCUGCCUCUCCUUCCAACUGCUUUCCAUCGUCAAUUGGCUCGUGGGCAUCCACGUGGAGGACAAGAAGUCGUCGAGGGGCAUGCGUCUCUUGUGUACCGACGGCUGCUAUGACGAUGUCGGCCUCCGCGGCCGCCAUCGCCAUCCCCUCUUCGUCUUCCUCCCAUACUUCCUUCACCUUUCCGUUGUUCAAUCUUGCUGGACUUACGCUUGCCACGUGGAAUACAGCGACCCUCCUCUCGUCCGUCGUGAUGAGAGCGAUUGUGCAAUCAACGGCGCGGGAGGCGACAGGUGCAGGGCAGAGAAGAGGCGGGAACGCUGACGUGGUAGAAGGGGUAAUUAGCGGUUCAGGUGAAGAACGACCAGAUGCAAGGUACCGCGAGGGGGUUGCCGACAUGGGGGGGGAGAGUGGGUCAAGUGACAAGCAUGAGAGGGGUACGGCGGCGGGAUGGCGUCGGUUGUGGAGGGGGGGGGGGUUGGCGCCCUUUUCAUCCCAUCCUAGGAAAUGGCGGGAAAUGUUUAAGCGCGGGAGAGCAGAGCCAGCAGAAGGGGGAGGAGGAGGAGAUGUUGAGUGUCGGGAGAGGGGGAGGGGACUGUUGGAUGCCACGUGGUAUAGGGGCGUGCCUGUUGUUGCUGACCUGGCAUUGUUGAAGCAAGGUGGUUGGGGUCUACCGGUCGCUCUCUUGAGCACUACUCUCGCUCAGCCGACGCAGGCGGCGAUGGAGGUUCUCUCCCCUGUGGUCGCGGCCCUGAGGAGCAACCAGACUUUCAUGUCGGGAUUCCUUGCUUGGCUGCUUGCCCAAGUACUCAAGAUCUUCACCACGUUUUACAAAGAGGGAAAGUGGGACUUGUCCCAAUUGGUAUCUUCCGGCGGGAUGCCGUCGUCUCAUGCUGCCCUCUGUGUCGGGCUGACAACCUCCGUGGCACUCUCGCACGGAAUCGGUGAUGCGCUAUUUCCUGUUUGUUUGGGUUUCACUCUAAUUGUGAUGUACGACGCGGCGGGUGUGCGUAGGCACGCCGGAAUCCAAGCCGGGGUACUGAAUAGAAUUAUUGAGGAUUUAUUUGAAGGUCAUCCUCGAGGUGUGGUUACAGCUGUCCCUAUACGUGCGGGCUCACCCAUAAGGUUUGGCCUACCCUCUGUAUUUUUGAGACGUGUCUUGUAUGGUCAGCAAGGUGUAGUCAAAGCUCGCCUUACGGCUUCGUCUGUGGCCAGCUCCUACAAGCUGCAGGCUUAUCGGCAGAGUGGAGUGAAAUCUUUCAACUCAUUGACUGGAGCGCAUGGUUGAUGGGACUGAAGUAGAAACUUCUGUACUCCGUUGAAGGCAAUGUUUCUUAAUGUCCAAUGCAACCACAAUACCCUCCGGUGCUGUCCAUGGGUGGUGGUAGAGACUUCAAGGUGCUGCAGCGCAGCAAAUCUUGAGCAUCAUUCUUUACAAUGGGCACGGUCACCAACCCAACAGUUAGAAGCGCACUGGGAUUUCCCUACUCUCACCUCAGUGUAUGACCAGCAUCUGCCCAAAAUUUGCAAGCGCAUAUACAUCCUUUUAAACCACCAUUGCGUUUCUCAGCCAUUUUGCAGAUACGCGACGGUAUAUCCGGAAGCCAACGGGGGAAGGGCCACCGGUUAAUAAAUGUCAUCGGUGGCCCCUUUUUCGUCGCGGCCGCGAAUUCCCACCUGCGGCCGAUAUAUGGGAAACGUACUGGUGGUUUAAGUGUGUGUUCUUAUAGCCUAAGAAGGGGAGGAAGAGGGAUGGCUUGCUACAUGGCAUCGUAUGGCAAUGACUCUUUUUCGUUUUGGGAGGCUCAAGGCUGCAGAAUCGCUGAGGUUGGGAAAUGGCUAAGAAUUGAGGUUAAUUUGGGGGGUCUGCUUUUAGCAAUUGAUGCAGAGGAACGGAGAGACUACCGCAGUCGCACUGCAUUCUCGGUGGACUGGAUCCCUGCGACAGUGGUCAUCCCCGUCCUAUGGACCUGCCCUGUUGUCUGGACCAGGGUCGCGCCUGGUUACAUGUAGAGUUCAUGCCGGAGAACACGCGCAAGGUGUACAGACCCUGUCAAUGCUGUCAUCUUAAGGUCUUUGCUCGUGGAUGCGGAUGUGAAGUAGGCGGACAGGUGGGCUCGAUACGAGCCGACUUCUUUCUGACUGUAAGAUACAAUUUCCGUGACAAGCUGGAGCGCUCUUCAAAGUUCCAAGUCAAGUCAGCGAAGGGUAUCAAAUGGAGUGGAACAGAAAGUGAUCGGGUCUGGGAGGUAUAUUCACAAAGGAAGAGGAAGAAGGAUAGAAAAUGACGGAAAACAGGAGGUAACGGGAGGGGGAGGAUAGAAGGCGGCAGGAAGGAGGAGGUAAUGGGAAGGGAAGGAGAGAAGGCGGCGGAAAAGUGACGGCAAAGAAAAGGAGGAAGGCAGGGACAGAACAGGGGUGAAGGAGGUACGCAGGGAAUCAACAGGAGGCAGGGAACGAAUAGGAGGAGGAGAGGAAGGAGGCAGGGAAAGAACAGGAGGGACUGGAAGGUGUGGGACGGAAAUGCAAGGCUGGGAAGUCUAAGAGUGAUGGAAAAGAAAGGCAAGCGAUGGAAAGUGAAGGGAUGGAGGAGGUGAUUGAAGGGGAAGCCAUCAGAAUUGAACGGAAGUGACGGACACAAAAUUGGAAUCGGAAUCUCGAUGAAAGCAGUCCUGAUUGACGGAGAGAGCAAGGGAAUGGAUGCACGGAAACACAAUGGAAAGGGAAGGGAGAAAGAACGGGAAAGGCAGUUAAAAAAAAAAAAACUGAAAGCUGUGGGGAAAAAAAAGAGAGGAUAGUGCGCACAUGUGUGCAUUUGUGUGGGGGGGGGGGGGGGGGGGCAGGUACAUCGGCGAUAUACGUUUGGCGGUGGUUUUAAACGUGGCAAGGUGAUGACAUUCAUAUUGAGUGUAUCUGAGUCGGCGAAGAAUGCGUGAAUAGGUUAAAAAAGAAAAGAAAAGAAAAGAUGAAGAAGAAGAAGAAGAAGAAGAAGAAGGCAAAGAAGAAGAUAUAAAUAGAUCAUAAAUAACAGCAGUGUUGUGCAACACUGCCUGUUCAAUUGGUUAUUAUGCAAGGGGGGACAAUUUUAUUGCGAGUGCAACUUCAUAUAAGCUCAAUUUUACG